UGAAGCCAUCUAUCAUCCCUUUACACGGCAAAUAACACCAGCUACAACACAUUUCAACAAGACAACACCAGCUAUGGAUACAAUUCUUGAGUCCAUUGUGACCAGAGAACAAGGAAAGUUCCACUCCAGCAAAAUGGUGUUGUGGUCCUAUUUACGCAACAACACAACCAAUGGCCAUGCAACAUUUCCUCUUGGCCAGACGGCUGCCAUCUCAAAUGUAUUUAGUGCUCUUUGUAAGGAAAUGUCAGAACAGGAGAAAAAUUCAAUCUUUAUAACUGAAUCAUUAGAAAUCAAAUGCACAAAAUGCUAUCAUAGACGUGUUAUUGAAAACACCUUCAGUACAUAUUUUAUACACAGCUCUAACAUCCAUAUGACAGACAUCACAAAUUCAACUUACGAUCCAGUAAGAGUUAUCGAGAAGCUAUUGAUGCAGCAGGAAGUUCCUUGCUCACGAAGAAGUGUUUGCCUACAAUCAAAUGAGGACAGUCCUGUUUGUGGUGGUAAACUAGUUCAAUCUUCAUCACUCAUGAUCAUUAACAACCCAUUUCUAAUGGCAAUUGAGCUUGAUAAAGAUGAAGGCAGACCAGUUCAACCAGGUCUCUCAAGUAAACUAAACCUCAACCUUGACAAACAAAAAUAUGACCUUGCAGCAAUCAUAUACCAUCAUAAUUUUCACUUCUGGUGUGAAGUAUUUGUUCAUGAUAAAAGAUACAAGGAGGGGUGGUAUUUAUACAAUGAUAUGUGGAACAAUGGAAAAGCUGAAUUUGUUGGGAAACAUCCCCAAGUGAAAAUACCUUCUCAUAUGUACAUAUUGCUGUUUGAAGAGUCACAAGUUAACAUCACAUCAAGUUCAAGAGACCAUGCCACAUCAAUAAGAAAUCUCAUGUCCGUGGCAUUUCAAAAUAGCAUCACACCGGAUACAAAGCAAGUGAAGCAAAAUUACCUCAAUAUUUUGAAAUCCUCUGCUAUACAUUUCAAGGAAACAACAUCAUGCAAGGAGCUUAAGGGUCUAUUACUGGAAAAUGAACAAAGCAUUCUCAAUGUACUCAAUAUAUCCACAACAACAGAGAGUACAGAACAAACUACCAGUUCCAUUAAACGUAAAAAUGAACACUCAGAAGAUGCAGUUCGUUCAAAGAAGUUAAAGCAGCUUUAA